AUGAGGGACCAAGAGUCUGCGGAGCGAUUCAAGCUCAACGUGACAGUCCUUUCUGAAGACCGCAGCCGUGAGGUCCAUUUUCGACCUGAUCCACAUCAGCCCGGGAAGCAGUCAAGAGAGGUCAUUAUGUGGCAUCGAACGCUUAAGCUGGCUGACAACGUUCACGUGUAUGAGUCGCCGGUGGGAGAGUUGCGAGUUGUGAAGCAGGUCUCCAAGAAAGACAGCAGGCUUGCGAAGUCCGCCUCGGAGUUGGAUGUUCUGGGACAAGUCUCAAGUUCAAUGGAGCUCCAAGACAAACAGCUCUUUGUUCAUUUCCAUGGAUGGUUCCCAUCAACGGAUUAUAUAUGCCUCAUGAUGGAAUAUUGUACUUUUGGAGAUAUCUCCGAGUGCUUUCCCAGUCCGCUUCCAGAAGUCGAAACUCGGUGUAUAUGCGAACAGCUGCUUGAGAGCUUGGCUGUGUUACAUGGAUUGGGCAUCACUCAUCGAGAUAUCAAACCGCAGAAUGUUCUCGUCGUUCAAAGGGAUCCGAUCCGGGUUAAAAUCGCAGAUUUUGGAAUAAGCAAGCGGGCACUAGAGGGUCAAACCGAACUGCGAACACAAAUUGGAACGCAAGGCUACAUGGCCCCAGAGAUAUUGGGACUUGUUGAUGAAGCGAAAGAAGAUUCAACUUAUACCUGUGCUGUGGAUAUCUGGUCCCUCGGCUGUCUGCUAUUUUACCUCCUCACCAAGCAGACGCCGUUCUCCGAGUAUGAGUCUCUCCGAGAUUAUGUCAAGGGAUAUACCACCUUCCCGGAUACUCAUUUGAUUGAAAAUAGUACCAGCCCUUCAGUCCAGAAUUUCAUUAAUCGUUUGUUAGCACCUUCUCCUGAAGAUCGUCCGGAAGCCUCGGUUGAUCUAGUGGUCGACUGGGUCAUUGAGCAAGAUGGUAUCAGCUUACCCAAGUUAACUUCUACGAUGGAGGCCCCAAAAGACAUGGAGACUCACCAUUAUGAGGCGCAAAAUACCAUCGUGGAUGAUCAAGCAUCAUUUGUCUCCGACCCUCCCGUCCCUCCCGUCGCUGUACAACCGCCGGGAGACCUUGCCGUCAUACGUGAUCCUGAUGUAGAGGAGGAAAUGAACUUCUAUUCUUAUGAGCUAUGGCAUGUGAUCAAGUCGACAAAGAGCAAGACAGCCGGCGCAAAUCGAUUGUUGCCCAUUCUCGACCAGGGUGCUAAUCCGAGUAUACUACAUGAAGGAUAUAAUGCUCUCCAUCUCUCUGCAGAAUAUGCAAGUGCUGAGUGGGUCGAGCUACUACUUACAUACGCCGCUGAUGUGAAGAAGUGCACAAGGCCACGUCGCGAAACUGCACUACAUUUGGCGACAUGCCAACGUGACCUUGAAACGUACUUGGAGAAGUUUGUGUUGCUUCAGAGCCACGGAGUAGAGUUGGAUGCUCAAAAUAAUGAUGGGGAUACUGCACUUCAUUUGGUAAUUGCAAGAUUUGGGUCAAUAAAGCCGAUUGAGGCACUGCUCGCUGCAGGUGCAUCCACGGAGAAGAAGGGAAGGAGAGGACAUACGCCUCUCAUGUACGCGAUUUACCUGGACCGAGAAGAAAAGGCUCUUGCCUUAUUAAAGGGAGGUGCCAACGUGAACUGUGAAGACGAGAAUGGCCGCACGCCGCUGCAACUCGCGAUUGCUUCCGAUAGGAUCGGCAUUGGAUUGAUCCGACAAAUUAUCAGCGCUGGAGCUGAUAUAAACAAAGCAGACGAGGAUGGGCACAUGCCUUUAUAUCAUGCAGUCCAACUCAAGAAACGCGAUAUUGUCUACCUCCUUCUUGAUCAUGAUGCUACGUGCGAGCUUGGGGACUCGAGACUUCAGAGAAGCCUGACACAGAUGCAAAUGUGGCGGCGUUUGAGUCAACAAAACGAGGUUCCUCGUGGGGACACGGAACACGCUAUCAACGUCUUCCAGUGGAACUUUCUUGGUCUCUCUCAUAAUGAGCCAGACUAG